ACUCGCGAGAUCGCAAUGGUCGGCUCAGUUCCGUCUUUGGAUCCAGAUCGGCAAGGGUUCGUUGCUGGCGAUUUCGCUCGUGAUCCGGGGAGGCUUGAUCGGCUGCAACCGACGUCUUUAAGAGGCGCUAAUGAGCUCGGCGAUGUUGGCGUCGAUAGAGAGGGUGGCAGGCCCGAUGGGUUUAGCGAGAUCGAGGAUAGUCCGGCGGAGAUCGGUGAGAUCAGAAAUUGGCGCCGAUCUGAGGAGAUUAGUAGAGUCGAAGGUCGGUCAAUUGGUUUUGAGAUCGGCGGAGCAGUUGAGACGGGAGAUCGACGGAGGGGUGCGAACGAGGUCGGCACAUCUCUUCAGUUCACCCUCGGCGAUACUAGUCACGCCGGCGGUCGGCGUAUUAUUCCUGAGGAUGGUCGUUGUGAGAUCGACAAUGUUGAGACGGGAGAUCGGCACAAUAGUGUGCUCGGCACAACUAUGCUCGGCGGCGACGAGCUUGGCACGAUUGAUCUCCGAAUUUCGAUUGGUUCCGACUUUGAUGAAGGCGACGCUGAUCUUAUGUGUGGAGGUCUCGGGGUUUCGGUCGUCAGGCGAUAAGGUCCCAAGCGAGAGAGAUCGGCGAGGGGGUACAAACGAGGUCGGCACAGAUGGCAUGCCCGAGGUCGGCACAGGGGACGAACCGGGGAUCGACAUGGUUGAGGGUACUGCGACCAUUCGUCGAAUUGAUGGGAUCGGCAGUCUCGCGAGCAGGAUGUCAGCUCGGCGAAUAGAUGAUCCUGAGGUCGAUUCCGACGAUGGUGAUGCCGAUCUCAUGAAGGGUAGUCGCGAGGUCGGCCUUUCGUGCAGAAAGGAAGGUCGUCCUUCGACGAGCUCCCGAGUUCUGACGUAUACGCGUGGUAAGACUCUUGCGGGGAUCCGACGCGCUUUCACGAGGGAAUCUGGUAUCGGCUAUAAGAAUGCUUCCGAUGAUGUUAGUGUUGACAUUGGAGCAGAGUGUGGAGAUUUUGAUAGUUUGACUAACGACUACGAUUUCGCUGAUAUUCUCGAAUUCAGCGAAGAUAGCGACAAUGGUUCCGGUGGGAGUCCUAUGGUCGUUGUCCCGGCCGAGGAUACUGGUCCUCGUUCAGCUGUUUUGGGUCUUAGUGCUGCAUCGAUUGGUGACAGUCUUUCAGCCGGUCCGGCAGAUCUCGGUUCUUCGUUGUGCACAUCAGAUACCAUUGCCGAGAUGAUGCGGUGGUGUAAGAUGCCCGAGGGUUUGGUUUUUCGAGUUCCUGAACCCCACGAGCGUCCUUGGACGCCUCCAGCGGGUUUUAUUGCCCUCUAUGAGCAUUAUUUUACUGAUUGCGGUCUUUGGUUUCCUCUGCCGGAGUUUUUGACGUGUUACUGCGCGAGGCGCAAGAUAGCUAUCUCCCAGCUUUCUGUGGGAGGUAUCCGCAACGCAGCUGGUUUGGCGAUACUGGGUACCGAUUGUGGCGUAGAGGUUGAUGUACAUUUCCUUGAGGAGGCUACCAGGUUUACGAAAGUUAGAGGUAGUCCGGGGUACUUUUAUACUAGUGCUAAAUCGGGUUAUCAGAUCGUCACCGGAGCUGAGAAGAAGAUUCGUCAUUGGCAGCGUUAUUUUUUCUUUGUCAAGCUAGAUGAGACCUCGGUUGACAACCUCGAUAUGUUUUACGCUACUGAGUGGAAUAUGGUUCCCGAGCCUGUCGUUCGCUUGCGUGCUCAUCCUCCAGGUUUUUUCGACAAUCUCAGGAAGAUCAGAGCGAGAGGGGCGAUUGAUUGGCCUUCGAUUACUCAGAGAUCUCGUCUACCGCGCUUAGGGAUGGGAAAAGUUAACACUCGACUUCCUCGAUACGCCGAUCAGUUCAAGAAGGCCGUUGAUGCUGGGUCUUCUUCGCGCGCUGCCGACACUGAAGUCGUUGACCCGUCAGCCGACGGAGAUGUCGAUCUGCGAGUUGCAGGAGAUUUGAGAUCGGCGGAGGUAGCCGCUACCCGCGCCGACAAAAGGACUGCCAAGGUUCCUGCUGUCGUUCCGCAUGCGCAGAAGUCGCGUGGUGAGGCUUCUGAUGCCCUAGCGAUCGUCGCCGCUGAUUCUGGACGUCCUACUCCAUCGAGGAAGAGAGCUUCUCAUGGUGAGGUGGUUGCUCCCGAUCCCGAAUCGUCCAAGAGAUCUAGGAGGGAUGGCAUACCGCGCGACACCACUGAGAUUGAUAAUUCGUUCUCCUUUUCUUACAAGACAAAGGAUGAGUUGUUUAUCAACAACGCUACUGCUUGUGGCGAGCUUGCUAGCAAGGUUCGCGGCUCCUUCGACCCGCUUCCCUCUGUGGGUUCUCUCUAUGAUCCCGAGUUGUAUCGGUCGUGGGCUCGGAAACACUUCCAGGAUGGUGGUGGCGUGAAUCAUAUGGUCGUCUCGUACGAGCGUCGCAUUGCCGAGCUGGAGAAGCAACUUGCUGAUUCUCGUACCUCUGAACCAUCGAGGAGAUCGGCUGAGGAGCUUCGUCAGGAUCUCGAUAAAGAGCGAGGGGUUUCUGCUGUUCUUACGAAGCAAACUGCCGGUUUCAGGAAGCAAGUGGCCGAUCUCAAGGCUUCUCUUAACGCUUCCCGCUCUCGUCUUGAGCAGUUUGAGGUUGAUCACGCGUUUCAGAAGGCGCAGUUGCAGCAGCUGCAAGCAGAGCGGCAUGGCAUUGAUGUCGAGGUUGCCGGCUACAAGUCUCGUAUUGAGAGGAUGAGGAGGCAUAUUAUUGACAACAGAGCGGCGCAGGAGUCUCUUCUGACUUUGAGCCAGGUGAGCGGCACCUAUGAUUGUCUUCAGGAGCUGGUGAAGAGUGGUACGGUCAUUCCGUCGAAGACUUUGCUCGGCUUGGGGGCUGACGUGAAGAUGUGGGAGGACAAGGUUCUUGGUUUCGAUAUUGCCGAUGUUUUGGACAGCGACCUCGAGGCUCUUCCAGAGACCGCGAUCGUUCCUACGAACCUUCAGGCGGCGGAGGUUCCCGUGGUUGUAGGAGAGGAGGUCGUCAUGGCAGGGGCACCUGCGGGCUCGGGCGCUCAGGUUGCUGCCGAGCAGUGACUUGCUUUUGUCUUGUUUUAUUAGAACCUAUUCCCGUUUUGUAGCGGAUGUUGGGCCGUUUAGGCGAUGUAUUUUCUUUUUGGGACCUUGCAUUAUCGUUGGAUUGACCGGAUAUUGAGCCGUUUAGGCAUUGUACUUUUCCUUUUUGGAACUUUGCUAUGUUUUAUCCUCUCGUUUUUUGACAUGCGUUGAUCGUUUGAUGGAUGUGGUCUUCGAGGGUCACUGUAUUGGCCACUUCACCUUGAAAAUUGUAUCUUUUGUUCUAUAAAUUGCUCCUCAAAUGCUCGUUUCUUGCCAUUCCGCUUUUCCAACCAUUUCUCUCUUUUUUUUUUUAAGAAG